GUAACUGUGGGUGUUAAUCCCUAAUUUCUUAAUUAGAUUUCAAUGCAGAUGUAAUAUGACCUGAUAUUCUGUGGUAUUCUUAGUUAGAUCUAGAUGUAGAUGCAUCAUGUUCUCAAUUUCUAUAAAAUCAAUUUUGUGAAAUUGGAUGUAUGUUUACUAUCAGACCUCUUUAGGGUUCCCCUAUUGCUCUUCGCCCUCCGAUUAGGGUUUCAUGUUCUUCCAACUCAGUAUGUUACUCUCUAAAUCGAAGAGGUACAGCCUUUCCCCUUGCUGUUCUGCCUCCACUCAAUAAAAUUCCAGUUAGGGUUUCCUGCUCUUAUACUCGUAGAAUUAUACCAAUCCUUCAGGAUACUGCCAAGAACCUUAAUCAGAAUUCGAAGUCUUUAAUUAACUUCAGCAAACCCUUCUUUGAGUUCAUUAAAACAUGUUUCACAAUUCUUAUGUCUAGGAUUAAUGAACAAAUAGGAUUAUUACCAAAGCACAUCAAGUAUUUGUCAACAUCUCUAUUCGUCUUUGGUAUAUUUCACCAAUUUCGAAAACUUGUUUGGAACUACCUUCUUGUAAGGGCUAUGAUGGCAGACAGUCGUUUUAAACUAAACGAUGUGCUCAGGACAACUGCUAAUGGUAAAUCAGUUACUGGUAAAUUCGUCAAAGCUGGUUGGUUGGAUGUCACUUUGGAAACUGAAAUGGGUGGUUUGAUAAGUAUCCCUAAUGGCAAGUUACUUGAACUUGAGAAUCUGAGUGCACAAGAGUAUCAAAGGCUAAGUAUAGAGUUGGGAGUGAACUUGCUCCACUCUAUCAAGGUUCACAAGGAAAUCAAAACCUACUUGGACAAUCUUGAUGUUGAUAAGACGGAGAAAGGCAAACAAUCACAAGUUCUGUUGAAGAAGUAUGAUGGCGAGAAGAAACUGAUGGUGUUGCUUAUUUCUUGCUUAAUCAAGAAGGCAAAUUACUAUGAGAUCAAUACCGACAUCCAUUCGAGGCUUGUACAAGUUAUCAGUGCAUGCGAAGUUGAUCAAUACCGACCAUUCACCCUUCUAAGAGAUCUGCUGCAGUUCAAAAUACAAAUAAUGAUGAUUGAAUUUGGGAUUUCAUGAGGUUAUUGACAGGGUACAGGAUGCUUUCUAUGUUGUUGUUCUCGGGAUGCUUUCGGUUUUCCACUUGAAGCUUCGUAAAAAAUAGUGAACUCUGAGAUAUUGUAUAGAAUAUUAUAGCGAUAUGUGUUCCAUUCUAAUACCAUCGAGAAUGGAAUUGAUAGUUACAUUUGCACAUAGCUAAAAGGUUUUCUUUGUUUUGUAUAGACAGAAUAAUUCUCAUCAUUCUUAACUGCUAUGAGAAUCCUGAAACAGUUUUGCACUAGCCUAGAGGUGGCGGGUUAAAAUGUGUACCACAACACUUCUAGCCAUUUCUUGAGCAUCACCUUCACACCCUGAUUUCUGGUGUAUUCUGAAUCAAACAUAUACACUGGUUUUGCUCUU